GCUGCAGGCGGGAGCUGCACGGGCGCGGCCAUCUCUGAUCCUGGCACGGCGCGAGCCGAGUCUCUGCCGCCCGGACCCAAGAUGGCGGCGGCGCGUGGGCGUGGCCAGUGCCGCGCAGGCCGAGCGUAGCGGCGCGAUCAUGGCGGCGGCGGCAGCUGCGGCGGCGGCGGAGCGCGGUGCCGAGGAGGAGGAGGAGGAUGCAGAGGAGGAGGAGGAGGAAGAGGAGGUAGAGCAGUUGGUUCUGGUGGAGUUGUCCGGGAUUAUUGAUUCGGAUUUCCUCUCAAAAUGUGAGAAUAAAUGCAAGAUUCUGGGAAUUGACACUGAGAGACCCAUUCUGCAAGUGGACAGCUAUGUCUUUGCUGGAGAGUAUGAAGAUGCUCUUGGGACCUGCGUUAUAUUUGAAGAGGAUGUUGAACAUGUGGAUGCAGAAGGCUGUAAUAAAACAGUACUAAAAUACAAAUGCCACACAACGAAGAAGCUCAGCAUGACAAGAACUCUUCUGACAGAAAAGAAGGAAGGCGAAGAAAACAUAGGUGGCGUGGAAUGGCUGCAAAUCAAGGACAAUCAUUUCUCCUAUAGACCCAACAUGAUUUGUAGUUUUCUGCAUGAAAAUGAAGAUGAAGAAGUUGUAACUCCAGUUUCAGAUAAACCUUUGGAGUUGGAAGAGACCCAAGUGAAAGAUGAUUCAAACCCGGAUUAUGAGCAGGGGAAACCACAGGACUUGGAAAUAGAGGAUUCUGGUCCUCUUACUGCUCUCUCGUGUGAGACGGACGGUUCUGUUUUUAUGGGAACCCAAGAUACGGCCUUAGAAAUCACCCCAAGAUGAAAUACUCUUUACAAUACUCAUGAACUUUAUUUAGAGUUUUUAUGUAGAAGAAUUAAUUGUAGCUUUCUCUUAAUUACUUACUCUUUUUGUUAGCUAUACUCACAUUUUUACUUACGGCACAACUUAAUAUACCAGAAUCGUUAAGGACUUGAUACAAGAUGUUAAAAAUAUGUUUUUUGCAUGUUUUGCUUCCAGAAGCCCUGAGUCCUUUAAUCACUGAGGUGAGUGUAUGUUUUCUAUUGCAACUGUCAUGUGACCACAAGCAUAAUGACUUAAACUAUACAGGUGUCAGACCUUGAGGAAUAGGGCAGUGAUGUCAAGCACCUGUUUUGUCACUGUAUGUUCAUGACUUUAAAUCCCUGGCAUCCCACACAUGCUAAGCAUGGUCCAGGCAGCUCUGCUAAUGAGGAACAACUAUCCCCUGUAUCUCAAGUGAUUUUUGGCUGCGCCACGAGCAAGGUGUGUGAGCCCCACAAAAAGGGGUGCAACCCUGGUAAAGACGAGAACUAAGUGCUAGAACCAAGUCCAGGAAGUGACCUGUGGUGAGCAUGUGUGAGCACCACAGCCAUAACUGCCUGGACUCCAGGCAAGGCCCUGGAAGCAAGCAGGGAAGCCCUGCAGCUAAAGGUGUGCAGAGCUCGGGGAGCACCACUGCCACGUCAGCGUGCAGGUAGCGCGCCUCUCCACUCAUCAUCUCUACGAGGAAGGGGAAUGGGAGGGAAUGAAAAUAAAUGAAUUUAAGCAAAUAAAUAUUGCAGGUUACUGUCGUAGGUAGGUCAGUCCUUUAUCGUGUCUCAUCUGACCUGCAGUUCAGGUGUAGCAGGACGUUGUUCUUUUCUGGAAUAUGGGGGAACUGGUAAAACCGAGGGUCUCCAUUUCCUUGUUCAUUGAGUUGUUGGCAGAAUUAAAAUUCUCUUACUCAAAGUGGUGAUCAAAGUCCCAUUUACUUGCUGUGGCUGAGGGUGUUUUUCUGCUUCUACGUUCCUGUCUUCCUUGCUUUAUGAUCCCCUUCUGAGCCAGGAAAGGUCACGUCCCUCUUUCUCUGGUGCCGGGUUUUUUUUUUUUUUUUUUUUUUUUUAUCAUUCUCGUUCUGUUUCUUUUGCUUUCACUUUUAAAUUUCCUUUUUAUUACCAUGGCUCCACCUGGAUAAUCUCCCAAUUUUAAGGGAAAUGGAAAGACAUUCCUGCUCAUGGAUUGGAAGAAUCAACAUGUUAAAAUGAAGUCCUAUCCAAAGUACUAUACAGAUUAAAUGCAACACCCAUUAAAAUUCCAGUGACUUUUUUUUUUCAAAAACAGAACAAAUGCUACUAAAAUUUGUAUGGAAUUGUAAGACUCCACGAUUAGCCUAAGUACUCCUAAGGGGGGAAAAAUAGAGAUGGGAGGUAUCAUUUCCCAACUUUGAACUAUACUACCAAGCUAUGAUAAUAACCUCCCAAUUUUAAGGUUUAUAACCUUAACUAGUGACAGUUUUUGGUAUUUUUUUCUUUUGGGGUCUUACCUGGUGGUGCUUGGGUCCCAUCAGCAAGUACUGGGGACCAUGUGGUGCUAGGAAUCAAACCCAGGGCCUCCCACCUGAGCCAUAUAAUCCCUGGUAAACUGUGUGUGUGUUUUAGGGGGCUGCUCCUGCUGGUGGUCGGGAACCCUGCGGUGCUAGGGAUUGAGCCCAGGCCUCUGGCAUGCAGACCACACACUCAUUGAGCUCUCUCUCCAGCUCCUAAAUUGUAAGUUGUGGAGGUGUGUGGGACCACAACCUGGUGGUGCUCAUGGGCUACUCUACUCCUGGCUGUGUGCUCAGGGGUCCAAAUGUAGUGCCAUCAUAGUGGUGUCGACUCCAUGUAAGGCAAAUGCAUUAGUCUCUGUACUACCUUUCCAGCCUGUUUUUUUUAAAAA